UCCAUCCCCUCCCCUUCUCCUCUCCUCUCCUCUCACUCCCACUUCCUGCUGCCACUCUCACUCCUGCGCCUCCCCGUGCACGCGUCGCCGGCGCCGUCUGAGCUUCUCCUCGCCGGGAAAGCCGCCGAGGGUCGCCGCAGCCCGCCAUUCAGCGGCAGAUCCAUCCUGCUAGCGCUAGCUAGGUACGAGUACGAGUACGAAUCCCCACUUGCCCUGCUUCCAUCUCUUUCUAGUAUGAAGGCGCGCAUUGGCACCCGCCGGCAUUCGUAACUCAUUUGUUGCAGCUGUUGCGCUCACCUCGGUCGAUCGACGACGCUGAGGACGCUCAGGAAUCCACUCUUCACCUGCUGGCACGCCCACCGUCUCGCGGCGCCUCGCAUGCCGAUGCGAAUGCGACGGGAUUACUUCGUGACCGCCGCAGCCGGAUCCAUGCUUUGAGGGUUCACAUCCACGACGCGGAGAAGAAGAAAUAUAUAUUCCACUGUUCACCGUCAGUGCGCUUGGCCGACACUGCGAGCUGCCUCUGAGUUGCACCACAUUCAGGGUUCAGAUCGACCACGACGACGACGCGGAGAAUAAAUCAAAUCCACUCUUCACUUGCACUGCGAAUCGAGCCAACUGUGGCGCUGGGUUGCACCACAAUCUGGUCGUCAAUUGGUCUCACCUGUUUACUGUCGGUGCAUUCAACAAUCUGACCUCCACUGACAGUUGACUGACCAAGCUCUGAGCUAGCAUGGCCAUGGAGGCAGCUCUCGUCAGCGUGGCGACGGGGGUCCUCAAACCCGUCAUAGGAAAGCUGACCACUCUGCUUGGCAAUGAGUACAAGCGUUUCAAGACAGUUCGCAAGGAGAUCAAGUCCCUCACUCAUGAGCUUGCCGCCAUGGAGGCUUUUCUCCUCAAGAUGUCUGAAGAGGAGGAUCCCGAUGUGCAGGAUAAAGUUUGGAUGAAUGAGGUGCGGGAACUGUCCUAUGACAUGGAGGACGCCAUCGAUGACUUCAUGCAAAGCAUCGGCGACAAAGACAAAAAGCCAGAUGGUUUCAUUGAGAAGAUCAAGAGCUCGCUUGGGAAGCUGGGGAAGAUGAAGGCUCGUCGUCGGAUAGGUAAAGAGAUUCAGGAUCUGAAGAAACAGAUCAUUGAGGUGGGCGAUAGGAAUGCAAGAUACAAGACUGGUGUGGCUAUCUCCAACAAUAAGAAUGCAACCGUUGACCCAAGAGCUCUUGCUAUAUUGGAGCAUGCAUCGAAGCUUGUUGGAAUCGAUGAACCCAAGGCUGAGCUGAUCAAAUUGUUGACGGAAGAUGAUGGGUUUGUGUCAACACAACAACAACCAAAGAUAGUCUCCAUCAUUGGACCCGGAGGAAUGGGCAAAACAACUCUUGCAAACCAAGUGUAUCAAGAGAUCAAAGGGCAGUUCGAGUGCUGGGCCUUCUUUUCCGUGUCGCGGACCCCAAAGAUGAUGAGUAUCAUGAGGACUAUUCUUAGUGAAGUUAGCGGUCAGGAUUAUUCUAACACGGAAGCAGGGAGUCUACAAAUACUCAUUAGCAAGAUCAAUGACUUCCUAGUAGAUAAAAGGUACUUUGUUGUUGUUGAUGAUAUAUGGGACGUGGAUACCUGGGAUAUUAUUAAGUGUGCAUUCCCUGCUACAAGUUCUACCAGUAGAAUAAUCACGACUACUCGUUUAAACAAUGUCGCUCAUUCAUGUUGUUCAUCAUUCAUUGGUUGUAUUUACAAUAUAAGGGCUCUUGAUAUGGUCCACUCGAGACAUUUAUUUCAUGGAAGGUUAUUCAAGUCUGAUGAAGAUUGCCCUUCAUACCUUCAAGAAAUUUCUGAGCAGAUACUGGAAAAAUGCCUUGGGUUACCUUUGGCAAUCAUUGCUAUAUCUGGUUUGUUGGCUAACAGAGAAAAAACAGAAGAUCCAUGGAAUCAAGUGAAAGAUUCAAUUGGUCGUGCACUUGAAAGAAAUCCUAAUGUCGAAGGAAUGAUGAAGAUAUUGUCACUUAGUUACUUUGAUCUGCCUCUUCAUGUAAAAACAUGUCUCUUAUAUCUCAGCGUAUAUCUAGAAGAUUCUACUAUUAAGAAGAAGGGCCUGAUAAGAAGAUGGAUUGCUGAAGGAUUCAUUCAUAGCGAGCGUAGAUACACGACAUAUGAGUUAGGAGAAAAGUGUUUUAACGAACUACUCAAUAGGGGUUUGAUCCAACCUGGGAAGACAAAUGAAUAUGGCAUAGUGAAGAGUUGUCGAGUUCAUGACACAAUUCUUGAUUUUAUCAUAUCCAAGUCCAUAGAAGAGAACUUUGUUACUUUACUUGGUGUUCCCAUUCUGACAAUUGGGAAACAAAUGAAAGUUGUUCGUCGACUCUGUCUACAAGGUGUAAAGGAAGAAAAUUCAAUAGUAGUAACAACAGGUCUCGUGUUGUCCCAUGUACGAUCACUUAUUGUGGGUAGAGAUCUGUUGGAAAUCCCUUCUUUGGAAGAGUUCAGACAUCUGCGUGUUCUCGACUUGAGCUACCAACCAUUGGAAGAUCAUCAUCUUGAAAGUAUAGUGAGGUUGUUCCAGCUGAGGUAUCUGAAUCUCAAAGGUACAGAAAUAAGCAAGCUCCCAGAACAAAUCGGGCGUUUAGGGUGCUUGGAGAUUCUGAACCUAAGACGUACUUAUGUAUUGGAAUUACCUGCAUCUAUUGUUAAUCUCAGAAAAUUAAAGCAUCUACUUGUUAAUGAAUUUGUUAAAUUUCCUGAUGGGAUUGCAAAGAUGGAAGCAUUGGAGACCUUAGAAGAUGUGAGGGUCUCCAUUCAACCAUUUGACUUCCUGUGUGGCCUUGGCCAACUAAAGAAUUUGAGGAAUCUGCGGCUUAUCAUUGAUUUGAAAGUUGAUCCUGACACAGAGGAUACAAAUAUGGUUGGGGAGGAGCACAACAAAGCUAUUAUCUCCUCCCUGUGUAAACGAGGCACCCAGAAUCUCCGCUCCCUGAUUAUUUGGAAUGAUGGGGACAGCCUUUUACAUGAGGAAUGUUUGUGCCUGUCUACCCUCAAGGACCUUACUAUCUAUUCUUGGGCCUUCCCACAGGUGCCGACAUGGGUGAGCUCCCUCAGAAACCUCCAACGGCUAUGCCAUGUUGUGAAGGGGCUCAAGCAGGGCGAUCUCUGCACCCUUGGGGCUUUACCCAGUCUGCUCGUUCUGUAUCUGGUGGAAGAAACAGAGUCAAAUGGAAAGCUCAGAUUCAGUGGUGAAGUUGGGUUCCGAUUCUUGAAGAUUUUUAUUUAUCGUGGAUGUUCUAAACCAGUAGAUAUGAUGAUUGGGACAGGGUCCAUGCCAAAGCUUGAAAAACUAGAGCUUCAUGAGUUUCGCAUGGUUGAAGAUAACUCUUUGGGCUUUGGAAUUGAGAACCUCCCUUGCCUCACUAGUGUCAAAUGCAUUGGUGUUGAUGGUGACGAUGGCAUUGUUGAAGCCGUGAAGACUGCCAUGGAGAGGUCAGCCAGCGCGCAUCCCAACCACCCUAGUCUAUGCUUUCGGAGAGAUGGGCAAUACUUUGAAUAAUACAAACAAGCCAAUAACCCGGGAGUAGCUGCUGCUCAUUAUCCGGCAGGCACUGCAGGUUCUAAAGUUUAAUAGUGUUUAACUCGGUUCAUCUCUCUUUUAUGAUACGUCAAUGCAUUGUAUUCUCUUCGUUGGAUAAUGUAUUUUAUGCAUCCAUCCAUGCUUUCCAUAUUUUACGUUGACCAAUAAUUAGUUGAAAGACAACGUGUGGAGUCCGUGUGAUACAAAAUUGCUCAUGGGCCUUGUUCGGUUGUUUGAUUAGUUGUAUUUUCUGUAAUAAUCAGUCAUCUUUAUUGAUGGUUUAUAUUAUGGGCUUUGAAAAGCCAGACA